CAAGCUCUCUCGUGGUCGCAUAGUCUGUGUCGUUCCGAGUUCCUUGACAGUUCGUUUUGGAACGUUUUGGUGUUUAGUAGUGAAUCGAUCUGUACGCUUUCUCAACUUUGCGCUUGAAGAUCACUUUCGGCAAUAGACAAGUAGCGUCUAUUGCCGAUUCGGUAUGGGCGAUUCUUUAGAUGGCUCCGGGGAACCAUCCCCUGAGUCACAGAAUGUCGCAGUCGUCGAAUUCACCGCAUUUGCAAACUAUCUGCGUAAAGCAGUUACUGUUCUACUACCGGAUGAAGAUGUGAUGCCGCCUGCGUUCAACAUGGCUCUUGAGGAGAGGUAUAACCAAGAUUGCAUACGCAAAUUUCUCAGUGAUUCACAAGUUAGUUCGCUGUACGUACAAAGAAGCUCUACCAAAGAAGAAGAUAGUGGUGAAGGAGAUGAAGACAGAGAAAAUACAACUUACUAUAUAUCGAAUGAGAUACGCUUUUCAAAUCCAAAAAUGGCCUCCUUAGUUUUAACAAAACGUGGAAUGGUUAUUGAAGCUGACAAAUCUAUUCAUUCCCAAUUGCGUUUAAUCACUUUCUCUGACGGACCACCAUAUGAAACUUUGCAUGCAAUAAGUAAAACUAUGGCGCCUUACUUCAAAAGUUACGUAAAAGAAACAGGUCGUGCUCACCGAGAUGGAGACAAAAUGGUGCCACUAGUAGAAAAGAAAAUUGCAGAACUUGAAAUGGGAUUACUACAUUUACAGCAGAACAUUGAUAUUCCAGAAAUUUCAUUGCCUGUCCAUCCAAUUGUCGCGCAAGUCAUUAAACAAUGCGAAGAAGAAGGUCGUAAGCCAAAAGUCGCUGACUUUGGAGAUAAAGUUGAAGAUUCAACAUUUCUGAAUCAAUUGCAGAACGGUGUAAACAGAUGGAUAAAAGAAAUUCAGAAAGUAACUAAACUAAAUCGAGAUCCAGAAUCGGGUACAGCACUCCAAGAAAUAUCUUUCUGGCUAAAUCUUGAAAGAGCGUUACAUCGUAUUCAAGAAAAACGGGAAAGUAUCGAAAUCUCCUUAACACUCGAUAUACUGAAACAUGGUAAACGAUUUCAUGCCACCGUGAGUUUCGAUACUGACACCGGCUUGAAACAAGCGUUAGCUACAGUGAACGAUUACAAUCCGUUAAUGAAAGAUUUUCCGAUCAAUGAUCUGUUAUCAGCUACCGAAUUAGAAAGAAUACGUAGCAGCGUGCAACAGAUUUUCAUGCAUUUGAGAAAAAUAAGAAGCACAAAAUAUCCCAUUCAAAGAGUAUUAAGAUUGGUGGAAGCUAUUUCGAGAGAUCUAGGACAACAGUUGCUCAAGGUAUUGGGUACACGACGUUUGAUGCAUAUCCCGUUUGAUGAAUUCGAGAAAGUAAUGGGUCAAUGUUUUGAAGUAUUUACUACUUGGGACGACGAAUAUGACAAGCUUACGGGAUUACUGAGGGACGUUGUAAAGAAGAAACGUGACGAGCAUAUGAAAAUGGUGUGGAGGGUAUUACCGGCGCAUAAGAAGUUGCAAUCAAGAAUGGAGCAUAUGCGUCGCUUCCGCCGGCAACAUGAACAAUUGAGAACGGUGAUAGUUCGUGUACUUAGACCUGUCCGUCAAAGUAGUAAUAACUCCACAAUGGAAAAUACUGAUAACGAUAAUGUAAAAGUGGAAUUCGCUUUAGACGCUGCAGAUGCUAAUGCAAUUAGUGAAGUUAAUUUAGCGUAUGAAAAUGUAAAGGAAGUGGAUUGUCUGGACAUUAGCAAAGAAGGGCAAGAAUCUUGGGAUGCCGCAGUGCAUAGAUAUGAGGAGCGUAUAGAGCGCGUAGAAGCAAGGAUUACAGCGCAUCUUCGAGAUCAAUUGGGCACAGCUAAGAAUGCAAAUGAAAUGUUUAGGAUAUUUUCAAGAUUCAAUGCGCUCUUUGUGAGGCCACAUAUUCGAGGUGCUAUUAGAGAAUAUCAGACACAACUGAUACAAAGAGUCAAAGAUGAUAUCGAAGCAUUACACGAAAAGUUUAAGGUUCAAUAUGCACAGAGUAAAUGCUGUAGAAUGAGUAUGGUGAGAGAUUUACCACCUGUUGCUGGAUCUAUAAUAUGGGUCAAACAAAUCGAUUAUCAGUUGACAAUGUAUUUAAAACGCGUUGAAGAUGUCUUAGGUAAAGGAUGGGAAAGUCAUAUCGAAGGUCAGAAACUAAAAGCCGACGGUGAUAGUUUUCGUAUGAAACUAUCAACGCAAGAAAUUUUUGACGACUGGGCGCGUAAAGUGCAGGCACGAAAUCUCGGUGUAACCGGACGUAUCUUUACGAUCGAAAAUGUGCGUUCAAGAACAGGACGAGGCAAUGUAUUAAAGCUAAAAGUGAAUUUCCUUCCUGAGAUUAUUACACUAUCCAAGGAAGUAAGAAAUCUGAGAAAUCUGGGAUUCCGCGUUCCACUACCUAUUGUGAAUAAGGCUCAUCAGGCUAAUCAGUUAUAUCCUUUCGCUAUCAGUUUGAUCGAAAGUAUCAGAACUUAUGAGAGAACACUAGAAAAGAUUGAAGACAAAGCGAGUAUUAUACCCUUGGUCGCUGGUAUGCGUAAAGAUGUUCUGUUAUUAAUCUCUGAGGGUAUCGCGCUGGUUUGGGAAAGCUAUAAACUUGAUCAAUACGUGCAACGUCUUUCUGAAGCAGUAGUUUCUUUUCAAGAAAGAGUAGAAGAUCUUUUAGUUGUGGAAGAACAACUGGAUGUGGACGUUCGUUCUCUUGAAACAUGUCCUUAUUCUGCAAAUACUUUUGCUGACAUUUUAUCCAAAAUCCAGAAGUCAGUAGAUGAAUUGUCUUUGAAAAACUAUUCCAACUUACAUAUUUGGGUAGCAAGACUUGAUGAAGAAGUGGAAAAAAAUUUAGCUGCUAGAUUGGAAGCUGGAAUAAAAGCGUGGACCGAUGCACUAACAGGUCAUAAAAAAGAAGUAGAUUUAAGUAUGGAUACAGAUGCUCCUGCCCAGCCAACGCAUAAACCUGGCGGCGAUCCUAAGAUUCAAAAUCAAAUCCACGAAGUCCGAAUUACGAAUCAAACUAUGUAUCUGUAUCCUAGCAUUGAAGAUGCUAGGUUUCAGAUAAUGCAACAAUUAUUUGCAUGGCAAGCAAUUGUUACAUCACAAAUUCGUCUCCAGAGUUCCAGAUACCAAGUUGGGUUAGAUAAACCCGAAUCAGGCACAUAUAGAAAUUUACUUACAAAAUUACCCUUUGGUAAACAACCAUUGGAGGCAGCAUAUGAAGCGGUUGAAUCUAAAAUGAAAGAUGUUGCCGAUUAUGUUGACCAAUGGCUACGUUAUCAAGCUCUUUGGGAUUUGCAACCAGGAAAUCUUUACGGCAAAUUAGGCGAAAAUAUUAAUUUAUGGAUGAAGUGUCUGAACGAUAUAAAGAAAACGAGAACUACGUUCGAUACUUCCGACACUAGACGCGAAUUUGGGCCAAUGAUCAUCGAUUUUGCUAAAGUGCAGAGUAAAGUCUCGCUAAAAUACGAUUCGUGGCAUAAAGAAACUUUGGGCAAAUUCGGAACGCUUUUAGGUAAUGAAAUGGCCAGUUUUCAUGCACAAGUAUCAAAAUCUAGAAGCGAUCUGGAACAGCAAUCUAUUGAAGCAGCUAGUACAUCUGAUGCAGUUGGUUUUAUAACAUAUGUUCAAUCUCUAAAACGCAAAAUGAAAGCUUGGGAAAAACAAGUAGACGUAUAUCGUGAAGGUCAAAGAAUACUUGAACGUCAGAGAUUCCAAUUCCCGUCUUCUUGGCUCCAUGUGGACAAUAUAGAAGGAGAGUGGGGCGCAUUCAAUGAAAUUAUCAAACGCAAAGAUACUAGCAUUCAAACUCAAGUUGCAUCCUUACAGAUGAAAAUUGUCGCCGAGGACAAAGCAGUUGAAACAAGAACCACUGAUUUCCUCAGUGAUUGGGAAAGAGGAAAGCCUGUGGAAGGUCAUUUGCGACCAGAUGAUGCUUUGCAGCAACUACAGUUGUUUGAGAGUAAAUUUGCUAGACUUAAAGAGGAAAGAGAUAAUGUCGCGAAAGCAAAAGAGGCGUUAGAAUUACAAGAGCCGGGUGGAAUAUCAACUAGUGAAGAUAGAAUGCAAGUGGUAUUUGAAGAGUUGCAGGAUUUGAGAGGAGUUUGGUCAGAAUUAUCAAAGAUAUGGGCUCAAAUCGAUGAAACGCGUGAAAAACCUUGGCUCUCCGUACAACCGCGAAAGUUGCGUCAGCAAUUAGAUACAAUGAUGGCGCAAUUGAAAGAACUUCCAGCAAGAUUAAGACAAUAUUCGUCAUAUGAAUAUGUGAAAAAGAUGUUACAAAGUUAUACGAAAGUGAACAUGUUGAUUGUAGAGCUAAAGUCGGAUGCACUCAAAGAGAGACAUUGGAAGCAGUUGACGAAGCAGCUCAGAGUGAACUGGAUAUUAAGCGAACUUACUCUUGGUCAAGUCUGGGACGUGAAUCUUCAAAAAAAUGAGGGCAUAGUUAAGGAUAUUAUUCUUGUGGCUCAAGGAGAAAUGGCUCUCGAGGAGUUUUUGAAGCAAGUGCGCGAAUCUUGGCAAACUUAUGAAUUAGAUUUGAUAAAUUACCAAAAUAAAUGCAGACUGAUACGCGGUUGGGACGAUUUAUUUAAUAAAGUAAAAGAACACAUCAACUCGGUGGCUGCUAUGAAAUUAUCGCCGUAUUAUAAAGUGUUUGAGGAAGAAGCUCUCACUUGGGAAGAAAAACUGAAUAGAAUCAAUGCUUUAUUCGAUGUAUGGAUAGAUGUACAACGGCGAUGGGUUUAUCUCGAAGGUAUCUUUUCUGGCAGUGCGGAUAUUAAAACAUUGUUGCCAGUAGAAACAUCACGUUUCCAAAGUAUCAGUUCUGAGUUUUUGGGAUUGAUGAAAAAAGUAUCCAAAUCUCCUAUGGUCACAGACGUUCUGAACAUUCCAGGCGUUCAGAGAGCACUCGAACGUCUUGCUGACCUUCUUGGUAAGAUACAAAAGGCAUUAGGAGAAUAUUUAGAAAGAGAACGAACAUCUUUUCCACGAUUUUAUUUUGUCGGCGAUGAAGAUUUAUUAGAAAUUAUUGGUAAUAGCAAGAAUAUUGCACGAUUGCAGAAACAUUUCAAAAAGAUGUUUGCUGGCGUAGCCGCGAUUUUGUUGAAUGAAGAUAAUACGAUUAUUACCGGUAUCGCAUCGCGCGAAGGUGAAGAAGUUAUAUUCCAAAAUCCAGUAUCUACAGUUGAUUAUCCCAAAAUAAACGAAUGGUUAACGCUCGUCGAAAAAGAAAUGCGCGUGACACUCGCUUCGAGCCUCGCAAAAGCUGUACAAGAUAUUAAACAAUUCAAGGAUGGCAAUAUAAACCCACAGGCAUUUAUGACAUGGUGCGACAAUUAUCAGGCUCAAAUAAUAGUUUUAGCCGCGCAAAUUUUGUGGUCAGAAGACGUAGAGGCAGCACUUCAUGAAGCACAAGCGGAUCCAAACAAAAAUCCACUAGAAAGAGUUUUGAUACAAGUGGAAGGCACAUUAAAUGUUUUGGCUGACUCUGUUCUUCAAGAACAACCACCUUUAAGGAGGAAGAAGUUAGAGCACUUAAUCAACGAAUUUGUACAUAAACGUACCGUCACUAGGCGAUUAAUUGCAAAUAAAGUUUCAAAUCCCAAGGCAUUUGAAUGGUUGUGCGAAAUGCGAUUCUAUUUCGAUCCUAGACAAACGGAAGUACUUCAACAACUCACGAUACAUAUGGCAAACGCUAAAUUCUUCUAUGGAUUCGAAUAUUUAGGAGUGCAAGAUAGAUUAGUGCAGACACCGUUAACCGACAGAUGUUAUUUAACUAUGACACAAGCUUUAGAGGCCCGGCUCGGUGGAUCGCCAUUUGGACCGGCUGGUACAGGGAAGACAGAAUCUGUGAAAGCUUUAGGACACCAACUUGGAAGAUUUGUAUUGGUAUUUAAUUGCGAUGAGACGUUCGAUUUCCAGGCUAUGGGUCGUAUAUUUGUUGGUCUUUGUCAAGUGGGUGCAUGGGGUUGCUUUGAUGAAUUUAAUCGAUUGGAGGAACGUAUGUUAUCUGCUGUUUCUCAACAAGUACAAACGAUUCAAGAAGCACUUAAGAGUCAGAUGGAAGGCAAAAAAGAGGGAACUCUCUGUGUUGAAUUAGUUGGGAAACAAGUUAAAGUCUCUACAGAUAUGGCUAUUUUCAUUACUAUGAAUCCUGGAUACGCUGGACGCUCCAAUCUACCAGACAAUCUUAAGAAACUUUUCAGAUCGCUUGCUAUGACUACACCUGAUCGUCAACUCAUUGCCGAAGUAAUGCUUUUCAGUCAAGGAUUCCGAUCUGCAGAAAAGUUAGCGUGUAAAAUUGUUCCAUUUUUCAAGCUUUGUGACGAACAGCUUUCUAAUCAAUCGCAUUACGAUUUUGGAUUACGUGCUCUUAAAUCUGUGUUGAUAUCUGCCGGAAACGUGAAACGUGAUCGUAUACAGAAAAUUAAAGAGGGAAUGCAAAGUCGUGGUGAAACCAAUAUCGAUGAAGCCUCUAUUGCAGAAAAUCUGCCCGAACAAGAGAUACUUAUUCAAUCUGUAUGCGAAACUAUGGUUCCGAAAUUAGUUGCCGAAGAUAUUCCAUUAUUGUUCAGUUUACUCAGCGACGUAUUCCCUAAUGUAAAUUACACACGCGCGGAAAUGAAAGGAUUGAAAGAUCAAAUUAGGAAAGUAUGUGCCGAGGAAUACUUGGUAUGCGGCGAAGGAGAUGAACAAGGAGGUGCCUGGCAAGAAAAGGAAUCGAUCGGUGAGACUUGGGUAGAAAAGGUCCUCCAAUUAUAUCAAAUCUGUAAUUUAAAUCAUGGCUUAAUGAUGGUUGGUCCAAGUGGCUCUGGUAAAACGAUGGCGUGGAAGGUGUUGCUUAAAGCACUAGAACGAUUCGAAGGCGUGGAGGGUGUUGCUCACGUAAUCGAUCCUAAAGCAAUCAGUAAAGAAACAUUAUAUGGUGUCUUAGAUCCAAAUACACGCGAAUGGACAGAUGGUCUGUUCACGCAUAUAUUGAGAAAAAUAAUUGAUAACGUCAGAGGAGAAAUUAAUAAACGACAAUGGAUUAUAUUCGAUGGUGAUGUUGACCCGGAAUGGGUCGAGAACUUGAAUUCUGUAUUGGAUGACAAUAAACUUCUUACUUUGCCCAAUGGCGAGCGGUUGAGUCUACCGCCAAACGUGAGAGUUAUGUUUGAAGUGCAAGAUUUAAAAUAUGCUACUUUGGCCACUGUGUCGCGUUGCGGUAUGGUUUGGUUCUCGGAAGAUGUACUAUCGACGGAAAUGAUAUUCGAAAACUAUAUGUUGCGUUUACGAAAUAUUCCACUGGAAGACGGGGAGGAGGAUAAUCUCGGCAAAAAGACUGCAGAGAAAGAAGAUACCAUAUCGCCUGCAUUAGCGGUGCAGAGAGAAGUCGCCAGUAUCAUGCAAAGUUAUUUCGCUCCCGAUGGUUUAGUAGUGAGAUGCUUAGAAUAUGCCAUGAAACAAGAACAUAUAAUGGACUUCACACGUUUAAGAGCUCUCAGUUCUCUGUUCUCCAUGUUGAAUCAAGCUGUUCGCAAUGUAUUGCAGUAUAAUCAUUCUCACACUGACUUUCCUUUGCCAAGCGAGCAGUUGGAACGUUAUAUGCCCAAAUGCUUAGUUUAUGCGCUUCUGUGGAGCUUCGCAGGAGACGCUAAGUUAAAAGUUAGAUCCGACUUGGGUGACUUUGUACGAUCUAUAACAACCGUACCUUUACCUUCUCAAAAUAACAUACCAAUUAUCGACUUUGAAGUAAACAUACACGGCGAAUGGUUACCUUGGAGCAAUAAAGUUCCACAAAUUGAAGUAGAGACGCACAAAGUAGCUAGCCCAGACAUCGUUGUGCCAACUUUGGACACUGUGAGACACGAAAGUUUAUUAUAUACUUGGUUAGCCGAGCACAAGCCUUUAGUACUCUGUGGGCCACCUGGUUCUGGCAAAACUAUGACACUAUUUUCUGCUCUGCGAGCAUUACCAGAUAUGGAAGUUGUUGGACUUAACUUUUCUUCUGCAACGACACCUGAAUUGUUACUUAAAACAUUUGAUCAUUAUUGUGAAUAUCGUAAAACACCUAAUGGUGUCGUACUUUCUCCGGUACAAUUGGGCAAAUGGUUGGUUUUGUUCUGUGACGAAAUCAAUUUACCUGACAUGGAUAACUAUGGAACGCAACGUGUCAUCUCUUUCUUAAGACAAUUAGUAGAACACAGAGGCUUUUACAGAACAAGUGAUCAAGCAUGGGUCACAUUGGAGAGAAUACAAUUCGUCGGUGCAUGUAAUCCGCCCACAGAUCCCGGCAGGAAACCCCUUAGUCACAGAUUCCUUCGACAUGUGCCUGUCAUUUAUGUCGACUAUCCUGGGGAAACUUCUUUGAAGCAAAUUUACGGCACAUUCACACGUGCUAUGCUUAGAUUAACACCUUCACUACGAGGUUAUGCGGAGCCUUUGACGAACGCAAUGGUGGAGUUUUAUUUGGCUUCCCAGGAGAAAUUUACCCAAGAUAUGCAGCCACAUUACGUGUAUUCUCCACGAGAAAUGACACGUUGGGUACGCGGCAUUUGUGAAGCCAUUAGACCAUUAGAUAAUCUUUCUGUAGAAGGCUUGGUGCGUUUGUGGGCCCACGAGGCUCUUCGCUUAUUCCAGGACAGAUUGGUAGAAGAUUCCGAGAGAGCUUGGACGAAUAAGAACAUAGACACAGUAGCGUUGAAACACUUUAUGUCAGUUGAUAGAGAAAAAGCAUUGGCUAAACCGAUCUUGUACAGUAACUGGCUGUCGAAGGAUUAUGUUCCAGUAAACAGGCAGGAAUUAAGAGACUAUGUUCGAGCAAGAUUGAAAGUAUUUUAUGAGGAAGAAUUAGAUGUGCCGUUGGUACUCUUUGACGAGGUUCUUGAACAUGUUCUACGGAUUGACAGAAUUUUCCGACAGCCUCAGGGACACUUGUUGCUCAUCGGUGUCUCUGGCGCUGGAAAGACGACUCUGUCGAGAUUCGUUGCAUGGAUGAACGGCUUGUCUAUCUUCCAAAUUAAGGUGCAUAAUAAAUAUACCGGUGAAGAUUUCGAUGAAGAUUUGCGUCAAGUAUUAAGGCGAUCUGGUUGUAAGGAUGAAAAAAUAGCUUUUAUUCUCGAUGAAUCUAAUGUAUUGGAUUCCGGCUUUCUCGAACGUAUGAACACAUUGCUCGCCAAUGGAGAAGUACCCGGAUUAUUCGAGGGUGAUGAAUAUACAACCCUUAUGACGCAAUGCAAGGAGGGUGCUCAGCGAGAAGGCCUAAUGCUAGAUUCUAAUGAAGAGUUAUAUAAAUGGUUCACCGGCCAAGUUAUGAAAAAUCUACAUGUUGUAUUCACAAUGAAUCCGAGUACCGAUGGUCUGAAAGAUCGCGCGGCAACAUCACCGGCGUUGUUCAACAGAUGCGUAUUGAAUUGGUUUGGUGAUUGGUCUGAUAAUGCGUUGUUCCAAGUUGGUAAAGAAUUUACCAAUCGCGUCGAUUUAGAGAGACCUAUGUGGAAAUGUCCAGACUUCUUCCCGUCUGUGUGUUCUUUAAUUCCAUCGCAACCGUCACACAGAGAUGCUGUUAUAAAUGCAUGUGUGUACGUCCAUCAGACCUUGCAUAAAGCGAACACACGUCUGGCAAAGAGGGGUGCUAGAACCAUGGCUAUCACACCGCGCCAUUACUUGGACUUCAUUAAUCACUUCGUGAAACUGUAUCAGGAAAAGAGGAGUGAUUUGGAAGAACAACAGUUGCAUUUGAAUGUUGGUUUGAGUAAAAUUGCUGAAACUGUGGAACAAGUGGAGGAAAUGCAGAAGAGUUUAGCUGUAAAAUCUCAGGAAUUGCAAGCUAAAAAUGAAGCUGCCAAUGCAAAAUUAAGGCAAAUGGUUAAAGACCAACAGGAAGCAGAGAAGAAGAAGGUACAGAGUCAAGAGAUCCAGCAGCAACUGCGUAUGCAAACAGUGGCUAUCAACGAAAAAAGGGAUGAUGUCAUGGCCGACCUCGCCCAAGUCGAGCCAGCCGUUAUUGAUGCCCAAAACGCUGUGAAAGGAAUUAAACGACAACAUCUCGUUGAGAUUCGAUCUAUGGCGAAUCCCCCUGCUGUCGUAAAACUGGCAUUAGAAUCUAUUUGUCUAUUACUCGAGGAAAACGCCACAGAUUGGAAACAAAUUCGUACUAUUAUAAUGAAAGACACCUUUAUUCCAACUAUCGUCAACUUUAACACGGAGGACCUCACUGAUGAAGUGAGGGAGAAAAUGAAGAGCCGAUAUUUGAGCAAUCCUGAUUACAAUUUUGAAAAAGUGAAUCGAGCUAGUAUGGCUUGCGGCCCUAUGGUAAAAUGGGCUAUAGCACAGAUUGAAUACGCAGAUAUGUUAAAACGAGUCGAACCGUUACGCGAUGAACUUCAUUCCCUGGAACGACAAGCAGAAACUAAUAAACUGAAAGGUGAAGAAGUGAAGGAUUUGAUAGCUCAACUAGAGCAGAGUAUAGCGUCAUAUAAGGAAGAAUAUGCGCAACUCAUCUCGCAAGCACAAGCCAUUAAAGCUGACUUGGAGAGUGUGCAAGCCAAGGUGGAUAGAUCGAUUGCUUUAUUAAAAUCUUUGGUGAUAGAAAGAGAAAGAUGGGAAGCAACGAGUGAAACAUUUAAAAGUCAAAUGUCUACAAUAAUCGGAGACGUUCUGCUAUCUUCUGCUUUCUUAGCUUAUGCUGGUUAUUUCGAUCAACAUUACCGUCAAAAUCUCUUUAGCACAUGGUGCCAACAUUUGCAACAUGCGAAUUUACAAUUUAGACCUGAUAUCGCGAGAACGGAAUAUCUUUCUAAUCCAGAUGAGCGUUUAAGAUGGCAAGCGAACGCGUUACCUACUGAUGAUCUAUGUACUGAAAAUGCAAUUAUGCUGAAACGCUUUAAUAGAUACCCGUUGAUCAUCGAUCCUUCUGGUCAAGCGACAGAAUUUAUCAUGAAUGAAUUUAAGGACCGGAAGAUUACAAAGACCAGCUUCUUGGAUGAUUCAUUCAGAAAAAAUCUCGAAAGUGCUUUACGUUUCGGUAAUCCUUUGUUGGUCCAGGAUGUAGAAAAUUAUGAUCCUAUACUAAAUCCUGUGUUAAACAGGGAACUGAGACGAACCGGUGGACGUGUGUUGAUUACGCUCGGUGAUCAAGAUAUAGAUCUCUCACCAUCCUUCGUGAUCUUUUUGUCGACAAGAGAUCCAACAGUAGAAUUCCCACCAGACAUUUGCUCGCGUGUGACGUUCGUAAACUUCACUGUUACUAGGAGUUCAUUGCAAAGUCAAUGUUUGAAUCAAGUGCUGAAGGCCGAACGCCCCGACAUUGACGAGAAAAGAUCUGAUUUGCUGAAACUUCAGGGAGAGUUUCACUUGAGAUUGCGGCAGCUUGAGAAGUCCUUAUUGCAAGCGUUGAACGAUGCCAAAGGCAAAAUUCUAGAUGACGAUUCUGUGAUUACUACUCUCGAAACUUUGAAACAAGAAGCCGCUGAUAUCAGCAAAAAGGUAGAAGAGACGGAUAAGGUCAUAGCAGAAAUCGAGACAGUUUCUCAGCAAUACAUGCCUUUGUCCCAGGCGUGUUCUAACAUGUACUUUACGAUGGACAGCCUCAACCAAGUACACUUUUUGUAUCAGUAUUCGUUGAAAAUGUUUUUAGAUAUAUUUACAUCUGUAUUGUCGCAAAAUCCGAAAUUAUCCGGUUUGUCAGAUUACACUCAGAGAUUGUCACUCAUUACACGCGACUUGUUUGCUGUCUGUUAUGAGCGAGUCGCUCGAGGAAUGCUCCAUAUGGAUCGAUUAACAUUUGCUCUUUUACUCUGUCGUAUCCACUUGAAGGGUAUACCGACAGAAUCCACUUAUGACAGCGAAUUCACAUUUUUCCUGCGUGGAAAAGAAGGUGUACUUAAUAUUCGAGGUCCACCGGUACCUAAUCUUAGUUCGGAACAACAGGAGGCGAUGAUGCGUUUAAGCAUAAGAUUACCUGCCUUUAAGAAGCUUACGGAGAAGAUCCAAGAAAAUGUGGAAUUUGGAGCGUGGCUGCAAUCUCCUACACCUGAGACAUGUGUGCCAAAACUUUGGGACGAGGAAAAACCGCUAUCAUCAACGGGAACGGCGAUGCAUGAACUGCUGAUAAUACAAGCAUUCCGACCAGAUCGUGUAAUCGCAGCUGCGUCCUUAGUAAUGACUUCCGCCUUCGGCGAGUCCUUCAUGCCGAGCGCAGAAGCAGAACUUGAUUUCGCAUCCGUCGUAGAGAAUCAGUUGAAGGCGACUGUACCGGCUUUACUUUGCUCGGUGCCAGGUUUCGAUGCUUCCGGCAGAGUGGAUGACUUAGCUGCGGAAUUGGGCAAACAAAUAGCUAGUAUUGCUAUCGGAUCGGCGGAAGGAUUUAAUCAGGCCGACAGAGCUAUUAACAUGGCCGUGAAAGCUGGCAGAUGGGUAUUACUGAAAAACGUACAUCUUGCACCACAGUGGUUAGUACAAUUGGAAAAGAAACUACACAGUCUGCAACCACAUACUAGUUUUCGUCUUUUCUUAACGAUGGAGAUUAAUCCUAAAGUGCCAGUGAAUCUGCUUAGAGCCGGGAGGAUCUUUGUGUUUGAACCACCUCCUGGUAUACGAGCGAAUUUAUUGCGUACGUUCAGCACUGUACCUGCUUCAAGAAUGAUGCGAGCACCUAACGAAAGAGCUCGUCUCUAUUUCUUGCUCGCAUGGUUCCACGCGAUUGUGCAAGAACGGUUGCGUUAUGCGCCACUAGGCUGGGCCAAACACUAUGAAUUUAACGAAAGCGACCUGAGAGUUGCUUGCGAUACCUUAGACACAUGGAUCGAGACUACGGCUAUGGGCAGAACAAAUUUGCCACCCGAAAAGGUGCCUUGGGAUGCUCUAGUAACUCUACUCUCUCAAUGUAUUUACGGUGGUAAGAUUGAUAACGAUUUCGAUCAACGUCUUCUGGCAUCCUUCUUGCGUAAACUCUUUACACCGCGCUCGUUUGAGGCUGACUUUGCUUUAGUUGCUAAUAUUGACGGCGCGCAAAGUAAUCAAAGGCACAUUACGAUGCCAGAUGGUACUAGGCGAGAUCAUUUCUUAAAAUGGAUCGAGUCUUUGUCAGACAGACAGACACCUUCUUGGCUUGGUCUACCAAAUAACGCGGAGAAAGUGCUCUUGACUACGAGGGGAACCGAUUUGGUCUCCAAGCUUCUCAAGAUGCAACAGCUAGAGGAUGAAGAUGAAUUAGCAUAUUCAAAUGAAGAAUCUUUGGAUACACCAAGAGAAGCCGAAGCAGACGGCCGACCUUCGUGGAUGAGGACCUUACAUAAUUCAGCUUCGACUUGGUUACAGUUACUUCCAAAGAAUUUGCCAACUUUGAAGAGAACAGUUGAGAAUAUCAAAGAUCCUUUAUAUAGAUACUUUGAGAGAGAGGUUAAUAGCGGGGCAAAAUUACUUCAAGAUGUCAUACACGAUUUGGAAGAUAUCGUAUUAAUUUGUCAAGGCGAGAAAAAACAGACCAAUUAUCAUAGAACAAUGUUGUCUGAGUUAGUAAAAGGUAUUUUGCCUGGUGGAUGGAGAAGAUAUACUGUACCAAGAGGCUGUACAGUUAUACAAUGGAUCACUGACUUCAGUCACAGAGUUUCGCAGUUGCAGGAAGUUUCGCGUUUAGUAUCUCAAGGUGGAGCAAAGGAAAUAAAAAGUUUUCCGGUUUGGCUCGGUGGCUUAUUGAAUCCCGAAGCUUAUAUUACUGCGACCAGACAGUGUAUCGCACAGGCUAAUAGCUGGUCACUCGAAGAAUUACAAUUGAACGUAACUAUCGGCGAUGGAGAUAAUAUUGCCACAGACGAUUGCUCUUUCGCUGUUACCGGUUUAAAAUUACAAGGUGCGCAAUGUAAAGAUAAUCAAUUGUAUUUAACUUCGACUAUUAUGACUGAUUUGCCGGUGACAAUGUUGCGGUGGGUACGAUCUUCUACAGAGGAUAUUAGAAAAGGCAAAUUGUCCUUACCGGUUUAUUUAAAUAGUACUCGUACCGAAUUGUUAUUUACUGUCGAUUUAAAUAUUGCUCCUAGUCAAGAACCGCACAGUUUCUAUGAGAGAGGGGUCGCUGUCUUAACAUCAACCGCUUUGAAUUAAUAGUUACUUAAUUGUUAGCGCGAAAUGUAUCAAGAAUUAUCAUCACAAGCUUAUUACACUUAUAUUAUCACAAGAAUUAUUAUUGUCGUAAUUAUAAAAACAGUUUAACAUGCUGCUCUAUGUUAUAGUUAUUUGUAAAAGAAAAAAAGAGUUAUGAUAACAUGUGACUUGCUAAAAGUGAAAUACAUAUACAUAUAUAUAUAUAUA